AUGUGGGCGUCUCGGCUCAAUGUAGCUUAUGGAUGCGCUGGGACAGCAACGGCCUCUGCUCUCAGGAGUAGCAGUCUGCGUAGGGCUUCCUCUGCCCUGCGGUUAGACCGCAGGUCCUUGUCGCAAGCUACUCGGGACGUACCAUAUCAGCAUCGCACGAACGCGACCACAGCCGAAACCGAGACCAAGGUCAAUGGCAGCACUUACAAGACGGAUUCUUGGUUCAACGCACCACCGAACAUCAUAGAGAAGAUCCCGCGACGCCUGCACCUACAAAAAGACCACCCCGUCUCCAUCACCCGACAGAUCAUCGAGUCUGUGUUCCCAGCCCCGACCUACGAGUACCACAAUGACUUCAACCCGGUCGUGACGACACACCAGAACUUCGACUCCCUAGGCUUUCCCAAGGACCACCCCGGUAGAGCGAAGUCGGACACAUAUUACAUAAACAGCGACACGCUGCUACGGACGCACACCAGCGCGCACCAAGCUGAGACGUUCCGCGCGAACCUGAGCGACGGCUACCUGAUCAGCGCCGACGUCUACCGCCGCGAUGAGGUCGACCGCAGUCACUACCCCAUCUUCCACCAGAUGGAGGGCGCGCGCUCGUGGGACCGCGCCGAGGUGCCCAAUGGCGACAUAGCGGCCGCCGUCUGGUCGGACAUAGAGAAACUGCCGAAGCACCACAUCGAGGUCCAGGACCCCAACCCGCCCUUCCACCAAGAGAGGAACCCCCUGCAGGAGGGCCACCACUCCGCGGCCGAGGCUGAGGCCGUCGCCGCACACCUUAAGAAGUCGCUGGAACUCAUGGUCGUCGAGAUCUUCACGCGCGCCAAGGCUGCCGCGAAAAAGGCCGACCCGGGGUUCGUGGACGAGCCACUCCAGGUGCGCUGGGUAGAGGCAUACUUCCCUUUCACGAGUCCCUCUUGGGAACUCGAGGUCUACUAUAAUGGAGACUGGCUCGAAGUUUUGGGCUCCGGCGUGGUCAAGCAGGACCUCUACAUCAACGCGGGGGUGCCGAGCCAGCUAGGCUGGGCUUUUGGCAUCGGAUUAGACCGGAUUGCCAUGCUGCUCUUCCAGAUCCCCGACAUCCGGCUCUUCUGGUCGCAGGACGAGCGAUUCCUGUCGCAGUUCCGAGGCGUGUCGGACAAUCUGGACUCGCUGCGGCGUUUCGUGCCGUUCUCGCGGCACCCGGGCUGCUACAAGGACGUGUCGUUCUGGCUCAAGUCGACGUCGGCCGCGGGCGGCAGCACCAAGGCCAACGCGCACGACUUCCACGCCAACGACGUCAUGGAGAUCGUGCGCGGUGUCGCCGGCGACGUCGUCGAGGACGUCAAGCUGGUCGACAGCUUCACUCACCCCAAGACGGGCCGCAAGAGCAUGUGCUACCGCAUCAACUACCGCAGCCUCGAGCGCACCCUGACCAACACCGAGACCAACGACCUCCAUGACGCCGUCAACACCGCCCUGGUGCAGAGGCUGGGCGUCGAGAUUCGGUGA